AAAAAAAAAAAAGGUAGGGAGUUUUUCUCCCCAAGAGAGGGAAUUUUAUUUUGUUGUUACGGGUAUCAGUUUCGGGCUGAGACUACUGCCCCAACCAGUUUGCUUCGGCCGCUCAUUCAAUGCAGGCAGCCAAAAGAAAAUUAAUUUUUGAGCAAAGUAAAUCAACGAAAGGGAUUAUGUUAAGAAAUUAAUUUUUGGAAAUGGAUACCCAAACAGAUUGUUCACGAAGUCCAAGUCCUGCGUUAAAAAAUGUGGAUACCAAGAGUGAAAUAUUAAUGGGACCCACUAAAAGAGAAACAUCGGAAUUAAUCUCGAAUUUCUCGGUAGCUUCUCUACUCUCAGAUUCUAAGACAAACUCACCAAGACCUACUCUUUGGAGUCCUACUGAAUUUUAUUUGGGUCAUACUACAGGACAUGAUGCCAAUUUUAGACCCAAACUAAAAACUGCAGACGACAUAUCCGGACCAGAAUUUUUUUUAAUGGAUCGAAUUUUGGAUGACCGCCGUUUCAUGACUCCACAUCACUCAAGACUACCACAACCUAAUGUAUGGUCUUCUCACUUGACAACCGGUCAAAGGGCUCUUGUACAACCACAGUGGAAUUCUGCUAUUGCUCUGCAAGCUGCAAAUGGACAAGGAGCGGAUGGAUCUUCAUCAAAGCCUCUUACUUGUCACUUAAGAAGACACAAAAGUAAUAGGAAACCCAGGACUCCUUUUACAACACAACAAUUAUUAGCCUUAGAACGAAAAUUUCGUUCCAAGCAAUAUUUAUCAAUAGCAGAAAGAGCUGAGUUUUCAUCUUCUUUAAGUCUUACGGAAACUCAAGUAAAAAUUUGGUUUCAAAAUCGAAGAGCAAAAGAAAAACGACUUAAAGAAGCUGAAAUAGAAAAAUUACGCAUGGCAUCUAGACCUUAUCCUCCACAUCCAAGUCACAUUGCUGGUUUACCUUCUACCUUUUUUUCCCCCAUUGUGUCUUUACCGAAUCUACCGUAUUGCAUUCCUUCAAUGACUGGAUUGACAAUUUGUCCUAGAUGACGUCAAAUAAUCGUGCUUUGCAUAUCACCUGAAGUCUUUCAAUAUUUUUCAACUGAGUUCUUUUUGUAGUCAAUACUGAAAUUUUUAUUGCUGUACUAAAAAAUAAAAUAUAAAUUAUCAACAACAUCAUUCAAAAGUACUCUUAAGACUGAUUAUAUGUGAGCAAAUAUUUGGUUUGUAUUAGUCAGCCUCAUAUACGCUGACUCAAAUAUUUAGUUUAUAGUAGCCAGCCUCAUAUAAGCUGACUUACAAGGUGAGUUCCAUUUUGUAAUGUAGCACUGAAUAAAGCACUUUUCAAUGA